CGAAUCAACUAUCUUAAGUCAGGCUUCACUCAGCCCUACCUAGCUUUCCCCUACAUACCCUACGUUUAUUUAAUCUUGAUUAUUUCAACCAUUAACCGAUAUAACCUAAAAUUCCUAAAAGCGACUUACUACCUAUACUCUCUCUAACCCUACCUAACUUUCUAUCACUUAUCAAUAUGCCUUCCAAGACUGAAGACACUGCUACCGCGACUCCUACUCUGGGCGAGGAGAUCAAUAUCGCUAUACGCCCCUUACACACUAAGCUCAACAAGCUGGUUACCCGUCGCCUACGUCUGGCUCUGCCUCCACAUUCUGACGAUGCGAAGAACUAUGUCACAGGGCUAUUACACAUCACGCCCAUCUACCAGACCUUCGAGAGGGAGUGGGAUCAUAUCUUAGAGGACUCCCAUAAUACUACUACAAAAGUAGAACCUCGAAUACGUUCGCUCUUAGCAGACAUACGCGUAGAGGGCUUCGCACGGUCAGGGGCCCUGCAGGAGGAUAUCGCUACGCUGCUCGGGCGGAACGAUGAUUUCGUACGCUCGCGAAUGGAAUCGGUGUCUCAUGCGCCUGUGCUGGUCGAAUUUAAGAAACAUAUCCGCGAGGCUGUCGAGGCGCGCCCGCACGUCCUGGUCGCUUACGCUUGGGUCAUGUACAUGGCGCUCUUCGCCGGGGGACGUUUUAUCCGAGCGUCGCUCGAGCGCGUCGACCAGAGCACCGGGUUCUGGUCAAGUCUAGAAUCCCCCUCCUCCGACAAACCCGAGCCCGAGUUUAGAAUACCUGGUGCCUACGACGCCUUCUGCGUCAAGGAUGUUCUCCGGAAGCAAAACAUGCAGCCCCCGCCCCUAAACUUCUUCCUCUUUAAGACGCCGGAGAACGGCGAGGACUUGAAGAGGUCGUUCAAGGAGGCGCUAGCAGCGGCUACCUCGCCUCCGGAGUCAAAGUUGACGGAAGAGGAAUGCGCCGAUGUAAAGAGGGAGGGGCUGACUAUCUUGGAGUACAUGGUGCGCAUCGUGGGCGAGCUAGACGAGCUCUGUGGUACAGAGUACGAGGAGCAAGCCGCGGCGGCCGCGGUAAAGUAGGGAUACAAAGAGAGGCCGCCGCCGGUGAGCUUGAAGAGCCGCGACAGCGUGGUUAUGGAGAGGGAGAAGAGGAUGAGGGCGGCUGCGAAGGGGAGGAGAGCUGCAAACGGCGUGAAGAGGGGAGAGACUGCAUCUCCGGAUUUGGAUUUGGGCGAGGGUAGCAGGGGUGGAAAGGGGACAGUGAGAUUUGAAUAGGCGGGACGGAAGACCUACAGUAGGAU